CAAAAAAAAAACAAAUCAAUUUGCAAAUUCAAUACAUCGAAUCGAAGGCUGUUGGGAAGUUAAGUUGUCGAAGUGGGAAGCAUCGUAAUUUGGUCGAAAGAUUCGUUCUUUUCUCCGACAAGAAGAAUGUCCACAUCUGGGUUUAGUCUGUUCCUCGCUCUUCUACAUCUCAUGGGUUUCUUAUUUCCGCUGAGAGUUUAUGCAAUUAGAUUUGGAUGGAUUUGCAGGAAGGAUAUCGGAUUUUUAGAACAGAGGAGUUGCAGAACAACUGUCCAAGGAAGAUACUUGAUCUCAGAUGAUGAAGGCAAUGUGUGCGAUGCUCUGUCUUUGGAAUCUCGAACCCGUUGUUGUCCUUGGAAAGGAGAAAGAUUCUCUUGUCAUGGAUGCAACCUCCUUUCACAAUGCUGCAAAUCUUAUGAAUUUUGCGUUUCUUGCUGCUUGAAUCCGUCUCGCACGAUUCUUGCGCAGGUGGUUAAAGUAAAAGUUGCAAAGCCAGCUACAGCAGGGACUUACAAGACUGUGUUUGAUUUUUGUUCUGGGAGGUGCCGACAUAAUUCUGAGAGUGUGGUUCAUGAAAAUGCUUACCACAGCGAGUUUCACCAUUGUUUUUCUCUGACAUCAAAUGCUUCAGGGGCUAAUCUCACACAAGUUGAAACCAGACUACUUGGCAUUGACGUUAUCGUGGGAAGUCAAGGAGAUUCAUGCGAUGCAGUUUGCAAGUCACGUGGACAAUUGUGUGUGAUGAAUAAACUCUCACUUCUAAACCAAUGUGACGUUAUGAAAAGAUACAUGACCUGCAAAGGGUCGUGUUUAGCAAGUGCCGGGGGUGACCAACCUGCUGAAGUUGUCGAAGAUGCGCCCAGAGAUUUGUAUUCAGGCGCGUGUUUGUAUACCCGGACAGAAUCAAUGCUGUCCUGUGACGGUUCACACCAACACACCCGACGACUCUGCCCAUGUGCCUAGAAACUAGUCAGUGCCAAGAAGUGUACCAUAAUUUUUUUUCCGCCUCUUGUAGCGGUUUUAGAAUGCAAUUUGAAACCCUGAUCAUGUAUUUUUCUCAUGGUGAAAGAAAACAUAUUCUUGAUA